AUGAAUGGCAGAAGUCAAUAUCUUGGUCAACAGUUUGCCAUGAAACUAGCUUGGGCAGCAACAGUUGAUAAAAUUCAAGGUGCAACUGUUAAUGAAUUAGCUUGGUGCACAGAAACAUUGUUAGGAUCAGGACUCGGCUAUACACAGCUUUCAAGAAUUUCAUCAGCCAGUAAUGAUGAUAUAAAAUUAAGUCUAAUUGAUGGUUUCGAAGAGAAAUUUUAUUGUGAUGAACAGAUCGCAAGAAAAUUAGAAAGGAUGAAAAGAUUUGUGCCACGACCAAAAUUAAUAGUCGAUUAA